AAAGAAGUAGAAUUUACUACUACAGCAACAAAUUUUUCUAACUAGCUAGUUCCAAAAAUGGUUGAGCCCCAAGGCCGAGUAGUGGGCAGCACCGAACACGGCUGGUGCUCAGCCGUGCCUGGUGGCACCGGCAUAGUCGUAUUAGCCAUCUUAACUUCCAAACCACCCGAAACUUCAAAACUCGAAACCGCCCUCCACAAACUCCAAAAAUCACACCCAAUUCUCAGGUCAAGACUCCACUGCGACAUCAGCACAAAAAGCUUCUCCUUCUCCACAUCUCCUACGCAUUUCAUCAAAGUAAAAACAUUCAAUCUCUUAUCAACUUUAACCAUUCUCGAAACCAAUUCAAGCGCACAAAACCAGUCACCUCUGCAUCUGAUUCUUGAACACGAACUUAACCAAAACACAUGGUCCGAUAGUAAAAUGAUCGUUAAUGAUAUUUUGUUUGCGACAGUUUACGCUGUACCGGAUGCGAAAUGGGCCAUAGUUCUUCGGCUUCAUGCAGCAGCUUGUGAUAGAACAACGGCGGUUUCGUUGCUGAAGGAGUUGCUCGUGGCCAUGGUGGGUGAUCAUGAAAUGGAAGCUGGACAAGUUAAAGGAGAGAUUAGUUUAGCAAUUGAAGAUCUUGUUCCUGAAGGGAAGUGUAAGAAAUCUUUGUGGGUAAGAGGUUUGGAUUUGCUUGCUUACUCGGUUACGUCGUUUAAAUUAACAAAUUUGAAGUUCAAAGAUGCAAAAUCUGCUAGAUGUUCUCAAGUUGUUAGGUUUCAACUCAGCCAAAAUGAGACUCAGAAGAUACUUCAGGGAUGCAAGACAAGAGAAAUAAAGCUGUGCAGUGCACUGGGAGCUGCUGGACUGAUAGCUGCACAAACAACAAAAAGCCCUCUCAAUAAACACAGAAAAUAUGCAAUUGUCAAUUUGACUGACUGCAGAUCUCUUCUACACCCGCCGCUCUCCGAUCACCAUUUCGGAUUCUACCACUCAGUCAUAAUAAAUACACAUGUAAUAAAAGGAGGGGAAAAUCUAUGGGAGCUAGCCAAGAAAGUGUACAUGGAAUUUGCAAACUACAAAAAAUGUAAUAGACAUUUCACAGACAUGGCAGAUCUAAACUUCCUGAUGUGCAAAGCAAUUGAGAAUCCGAGUUUGACGUCUUCAUCGUCUCUAAGAACAUCGAUCUUGUCGGUGUUCGAAGAUUCGGUGAUAGAAUAUUCGGACAACAAGAAAAAAGAGAUCGGUUUAGAGGAUUAUAUGGGGUGUGCCUCUGCUCAUGGUAUAGCUCCAUCCAUUGCUAUAUUUGAUACUAUAAGAGAUGGAAAAUUGGAUUGUGUUUGUGUGUAUCCCUCACCAUUGCAUUCAAGAGAGCAAAUGCAAGAUUUUGUUGAUAAAUUGAAGGGUGUCCUUAUAGAUGGCUGCAACUAAAAAAGAUUAGAGCUCAUGACGGUUCUAAAAAAUUUGAUCUUUUUUUUUUCUAGUUUUAUUAUUUAAAGUAUCAUUUUAAAUAUUUUGUCUCAACUAUAGCCAACUCUACUCAACUGAAUCAAGUUUGACAUGAUAAUUA